AUCACUUAUUUUGCAUUUUCUUCUGGUACUUAAAGGCAAUAUAGUCCAAAAAGGCCGAAAAGAUGGGGUGUGGGUCAUCAACUACCGGCUCUCCACCACCAAGAGAGGCCACUCUGCCUAGUCCAGGUGAAGACAAUCAUGACGACAACUCCAAGAUGCGAUCUCGUGAGAACACGCUGAGCACUGACGAGAAGAGGCACCAAGAAGAGGUGGACCGACGUCUGAGGGAACUUCAAGAUCAGAGGGAAGAGCAACAGAAGGAUAGAAAAGAACAUGAGCAGAAAAUACAGAAACGUGUGGAAGAGGAAAAGAAGGAGAGGGAAGAGGAGAUGAAGAUCAAAGGCGAGGUAAAAGAGGAGAAUAACGAUGAUGAUAAAAAGGAAGAGAAAAACGACGACGGAAAGGAAAGGGAUGAGGAAAAAGGGAAACAGAAAGAGGAGGAAAAACAAAAACAGGAAGAUGAGGAAAAAGGAAAACAAAAAGAGGAGGAAAAACGAAAAGAAGAAGAAGAAAAAAAGAGGAAACAGGAAGAGGAGGAAAAACGAAAUGAAGAAGAAAAGAGGAAACAGGAAGAGGAGGAAAAACGAAAAGAGGAAGAAGAAAGGAGGAAGGCAUCAGAGACAGAACAACAGAAAGAAGAUGAGCCUGACAGUUCCGAUCGAGACGGUUUGGCAUACCGCGGAGUGCCGUGUGGUUUACAGGUGCACAACGCGGACCUUCGUGAAGACGGCAAGCCCAGUCAACCAGUGGCCAAGCCUGAGGUCAAGGGCGAUUUGUAUACAGAUGAUGAGUUCACGCUUGGCGACGCUCUCGGAAAACUUGCCACAGGACUGGACUGGAAGAGACCACAGGAAUUCGCGGAGAGCCCAGUGCUGUUUUCUGAGGGUACGACCCGGUUUGACAUAGGACAGGGGUCAGCGGGCACCUGCUGGUUUUUGUCCUUAGUGGCCUCCAUCUCCGAGAGAAAGGACUUAAUGAACCAGAUAUUCUGCUUUGACUCGUACCCUGUUCCCGGUUCCGAAGAUUACCGGGGGAUGUUCCACUGUCGGUUUUGGCGGUUCGGUAACUGGGAGGACGUGUACACGGACGACAAGUUACCUGUGAUUUACGAUACUCAGCUCUGGGGUGCCAAGUCAGCAACGAACCCUAACGAGAUGUGGGUGGCGCUGUUAGAGAAAGCAUUUGCCAAAUUCCAUGGGUCAUACCUGGACGUGUAUGGGGGCCAGACCGUGGAUGCUUUCCUCACCCUGACGGGUGGGGUCGGGGAGAGAGUUACCCUGGAGUCCGCUGACCCCCAGAAACUCUUCAGACGGCUUACAAACGCCAUACAGUCACGUGCAAUGAUCACGUGCACAGUCCCGGCAGAGAAGAAUGGCGUGCACGGUUUGGUCGGAGCGCAUGCGUAUUCCUUAACGGGAACAGCCACAGUGACGUACAAGGGAAAACAGGUGCCUUUAGUUAGAAUACGAAAUCCUUGGGGGAAAGUGGAAUGGACGGGUCCGUGGAGCGACGGGAGCAGAGAACUGGCGGAAGUGCCGAAAGGUUCCAUAUCCACGGAGAAUAAAGAUGACGGAGAGUUCUGGAUGUCGCUGGACGAUUUCUUUGUCUACUUCUCCCAGGCUUCGAUAUGUUCCAUCACACCCGACUUUGACAUGGACGGACGGAAGGAUGGUUUAGGUUAUAUCACGGAACUGCUGGGAGAGUGGAAAGGUGCAUCCGCAGCCGGGUUCCAGAACCUCAUGGCGAACCCAAGGUUCUUGAUAACCGUUCCACAAAAUGGUGCUCAAGAGAACGGCUUAGUUCCCCUGGUGGUCCAAAUCAUACAGCAUAUGGAACGCCGGAAGGACGACAAGCUGUCAAUCCGAUGUGACUUGUUCCAGGUCCUAGGUUGCUCCAGCUCUAAGGGCAGACCAAGUUACGUGUACGAGAAGAUGGGAGAAAGCGACAACACGUACUUCACUGACAGACAGCACAGCUUCCGCUUCAGCGUGCCACCCGGACAGUACAUGAUUGUACCGUCCACAUACAAGGAGGGCGUGGAGAGUGAUUUCAUGAUCAGAGUUUUCUCCCCUUGCCCCCUCACGGCGCGCAGCAAGGUUGACGAAACUGCAUUAUCGAUGUCGUGUGACAUGGAGGAAAGCGUGGGCAACUAUAAGCUGAAGCACUGCGAGUGUUACUUCGGACGGUGGAGUGCAGGAAACAACGCUGGGGGUCAGAUUUCCCAGGAUUCCCACUACACCAACCCACAACUGGUGUUCACAGCCUUCCUGGCGAAUUGUCGAUGUGGUGCUCGAAUCUGGAUUGAAUUGACCAUUGAUGAAGAAGCUGUAGUGAUCAACAUCAUGCAGGAGAGCACAUUACCGAAGCUACCCUUAGGCGUAAAGGUGUAUCAGCUGUCAUCAGACGCCCAAGUACCAAUGACUCAGGACUUCCUGUUAGAGCACUACGAGAAGGUCCCUACCACAGUGGACGGUGAACAGGGCAAGUUUGUUAUCAGCUUUGACGUCAACGCUCCGUACUUAAUACCUCGGGGAACAUACGCCGCCAUUCUCUUCACGGAUCAGCCAGAUGAAGAGAAGGACAUCGCUGUGGUGGUCAAGAGUAGCGAAAAGCUGGACAUCAAGUGA